UCCCUCGCGGGACAGCAGCACACUCGUGAACCAAAAAGGAAAAAAAAGAAAAAAAAAAGUCGAAACCACGGGUAGCGCCGUAUCAGUUCGGAGUCGGAGCCGGAGAUCGGCCAUGGCUGCCGCCGGUAAUCCGUUAUCCUCCGCUGUCACUUUGACAGAGCCGCCACCUACUGCUCCUGGUACUGCUAAUAAACCUUUGGAUUUCUCUGCUGAUUCAGUUCUACAGAGAAUCGUACUGUCGCCUGAUCAGCGUAGUCACUGUUUGGAAGCACUUAAAGCAUUUAAGCAGAAAAGGUGUCACUCUCCGGACAAAAUUGCCUCAGAGUUCUCCACUUUGCAGGAAAAUAGGCUGAAAGCUUCAGAAAUGAAGAGUAGAUGCUUGGUGGCUUUGGACAGCACAAACAUCAGCAAGAAUCGUUAUACUGAUGUCAUCCCAUUUGACAAUAACAGGGUUGUUUUGGACCCAUGUAAAGACUACAGACCGUCAGCUAAGGGAUAUAUCAAUGCAAGCUUUAUAGAGAUAUCUGAAGGGGUGUCUCGGUUUGUUGCAACACAAGGUCCACUAGCACACACCUUUGAAGACUUCUGGGAAAUGAUAAUCCAGCAACGCUGUCCUGUGAUUGUGAUGCUUACACGAUUGGUUGACAAUUACAAGAUGGUGAAGUGUGGGGACUACUUUCAGGCAGAGGAUGGGCCUAGAACAUUUGGCAAUAUAUGUAUUGUGACAAAAUAUAUAACGAGUGAUGCCUCCUUAGUAUUGCGAACUCUGGAGGUGAACUAUAUUGAGUCAGAAGAACCACCUUUGUGUGUUUUACACAUUCAGUAUCCUGAAUGGCCUGACCAUGGAGUUCCCAGAGACACACUUGCUGUUCGUGAGAUUCUGAAACGGACGUACAAUGUGCCUCUUGGUCUUGGACCAAUUGUAGUACACUGCAGUGCUGGUAUCGGUAGGACUGGAACAUAUUGCACAAUCCAUAAUACCAUCCAGAGAAUACUGGGUGGAGAUAUGUCUGCUCUUGACAUCGUUAAUACAGUAGCCAAUUUUAGGUCUCAGCGAAUUGGGAUGGUCCAGACCAUGGAUCAAUACCUUUUCUGCUAUGAUGCCAUUAUUGAUGAACUGGAAGACCUAGUUUCAGAUGACAAUGGAGAGAAGAAUCUGUAGUGUAGCAAUGAGUUAACAAGAUCUUGGAUUCUUGCUCACAAUGGGAUAUGAAACAGUAGUUAUGCUGAAGACACAAAUCAGUUGGCUCUACUACAGUUGCUUCGUCUCGCUCUCUUUGCGUGGGAUCCCAAGUUGUUCAAGAGAUACCUGUUGCUAUUUCCAUCGACCUGAGAACUCAUUUGGAUGCACUAUUUGAAAUGCAAAGUUGAAUGCCGAUGUAAGAUGUAUCCUUUGGCUGACUGAAUAUAAUGAAGUUACAAUCUUUGCAGAUCCAGAAAAUUAUAUUUCUGGUCAUUAUGGUUUUGCCGAGUAAACACGCUCAUUCAACACUAAACUCUUAUGUUGAUGUGGAUUUGAAAUGGUGUAUGCUGAAAUAUUUAAGUUGAAUACUUUUUAAGUUUACACAGUUUUACCCACAUAUGUUUUGUACAAGUUAGGUUAACUACACCUUAGUCUAUAAGUUAGGUUACCUUUU